CACUUCCUGUUGUGGUAACCACAUGCGUCUGAUCAGCUCUGGUGCCUGAUGUUCAUGCUGGCUGUUUGCAUCAGUAUUUAUACAUCAGAUUUAUGUGUUGUGUUCGACGACUUCAGACAUGCAGGUGUCCAGUGUAAAUAAUGUGAAGAUAUAUAAUCUGAGCCAUGGCAAAUCUCUUCCGGAGUGGUUGUCUGAUCGAAAGAAGAGAGCUUUACAGAAUAAAGAUGUUGAUAUCCUGAGGAGGAUAGAGCUGAUCCAGGAUUUUGAGAUGCCGACACUCUGCACAUCCAUCAAAGUGUCUCGUGAUGGCCAGUACAUUAUAGCUGCAGGCACAUACAAGCCUAGAGUUCGCUGUUUCGACACGUAUCAGUUAUCCCAAAAAUUUGAGCGAUGCCUUGACUCUGAUGUGGUGACGUUUGAUAUUCUGUCAGAUGAUUACUCUAAGCUGGUGUUCCUGCAUAUAGACCGCUAUGUGGAAUUUCACUCUCAACACGGUCAUUACUAUAAGACUCGCAUCCCGAAAUUUGGAAGAGAUUUCUCUUAUCAUUACCCUUCCUGUGACCUCUACUUUGUAGGUGCCAGCUCAGAGGUCUUCCGGCUGAACCUUGAGCAGGGCAGGUUCCUCAAUUCUCUACAGACAAAUGCAGCACAACUGAACGUGUGUGACAUCAACCCUGUUCAUCAUCUGUUCGCUGCGGGCACACUGGAGGGGCGAGUGGAAUGCUGGGAUCCUCGCGUCAGGAAUAGGGUGGCUGUAUUGGACUGCGCCCUCAGCAGCGUCACUGACGGGACAGAAGUUCAAGGCCUGCCGUCGAUCAGUGCUCUGAAGUUUGAUGCUUCUCUGGGUAUGGCGGUGGGCACCAGCACCGGACAGGUUCUUCUCUAUGACCUGCGUUCCUCACAUCCGCUGCUGGUUAAAGAUCAUUAUUACGGUCUGCCCAUCAAAGCCCUUCACUUCCACCACCCGCUGGAUCUAGUAAUAUCCGCAGACUCCAAAAUCAUCAAGAUGUGGAACAAAGACAAUGGGAAAAUGUUUUCAUCUAUCGAACCUCAGGCCAACAUCAAUGAUGUGUGUCUCUACCCUUCUUCUGGUAUGCUGUUCACUGCCAAUGAAGAUCCCAAAAUGAACACCUUUUACAUUCCUGCUCUUGGUCCGGCUCCACGCUGGUGCUCGUUCUUAGAUAACCUCACAGAAGAGCUGGAGGAGAACCCAGAGAGCACCAUCUAUGACGACUAUAAGUUCGUCACCCGAAAGGACCUGGAGAACCUGGGUCUGACUCAUCUGAUCGGCUCCGCUCUGCUCAGGGCUUACAUGCACGGCUUCUUCAUGGACAUCAGACUCUACCACAAGGUGAAGAACAUGGCGAACCCCUUCGAAUAUGACGAGUACCGGAAAGACCGAAUCCGACAGAAGAUCGACGAGUCCAGAGCACAGAGAGUGCAGCUCAAGAAGCUGCCCAAGGUCAAUAAAGAGUUGGCCAUGAAGCUCAUGGAGGAAAGCGAUCUUAAUGCAAAGAAGAGGAAGAAGAAGGGCAACGACGCAGUCGACCUCCUGGCGGACGAUCGGUUCAAGGUGAUGUUCGAGAACCCAGACUUCCAGGUGGAUUCACAGAGCGAAGAGUUCCGCCUGCUGAACCCCAUCGUGUCUAAAGUGGGUGAAAGGAGGAGACAGAAACUCACCAAGUUCGUCCAGCGAGAGGAGGAGCAGGAUGAGGCGGAUGAGGAGGUGGAGGGCCGCGGCAGCUCGGAGGAAGAUGAAAGCUCUGAUGAUGAUAAGAGUUGGGUGGAGGAGGUGAGGGAGCAGAGGCGUCUUCUGAAGAUGGAGGGGAGAGCGCGCCAGAUCAAAGAGAGGGACGACAGUCGGCAACAGGACCGCAAUACCAGCUUAGUGACCUCAGAUCCAGUCGGGAACCCUCAGCAGGAGCCGCAGAACCAACCCCGGUUUUAUCAGAUCAAAGCGGGAGAAGAGUUCCGCAGCUUCAGCGACGUGACCCGCAAACAAAAGAUGCUCAAGACGUCUCUGGAGGAGAGACUGCAGCGAGAGGAGAAAUCUGGCAUGUUGAACCUCAAUGACACAGCUGUUGGAAGUAAACAGCUCACCUUCACCCUCAAAAAGACGGAGAAGCAGAGACAUCAACAGCAAGCUGAACGUGACCAUCACGAGGAGAGGAGGAAGAUCAGACGCGCUGCAGGUCACCUUCAUUCUAACAGAGGAGGAAGAGGAAGGGGCAGAGGACGAGGAAGGAGACCCUUUUAACAUCAGAAUGACAUACAGACUUGAAUUCCGCCGUCAAAAUGUGUCGGACGGGUGUCUGCCAUGUUUUCCUUCUUUAAUGCACAGAGAUGUUUACGAGACUGUAAUGUGACCGUCAUGAGCAAGAACUGUCUCACUUUAUCAUUUACAGACUGUGUGUGUGUGUGUGUGUGUGUGUGUGUGUGUGUGUGUGUGUGUGUGUGUGUGUGUCGAACGCCGUCCUCUUUUCCACAACAACACACAGUGCAGUCUAAACAGGAGCUUUUGUUUUGUAAAGAACUAUAAAACAUUUUA